AAAAUUCAGCCUCCGCCCUCCCUCUCUUUUUUUCUUUUUCCCUCUUCUUUUUUCCUAUCAGUGUCCUCCGCCCUCCCUCUCUCCUCUCCUCUCUCUGCGACUCACUCUCUCUCCUCUCUCCCCUUUCACCGAUCCUUACUUCAUGCUCGUCGCCAUUGAAGCUGGUAGACUCCUACGCGGCUUCAUCCUCAUCCUCUCUCUCCCUCUCAUCAUCUUCGCCUGUAUUUUAGUCUCAGAAGCCUUGGGAAUCCAAAUCCUUAUCUUCAUCUCUUUUGUCGGCCUCAAGAUCGGAGUCAUUGAGCUCGUCUCACGCGCCGUCUUGCCGAGCUUCCCCUCAAUUCUUUUUGCUUUUAACUUUUGUUAUUGGUUUUUCAUUUGGUUAACUAUUCUAAUUUUUAGCUAUUUGUUUAUCACUGUUGAUUUUGGAUUUCUGUUUGUAACUUUGUCAAAAUUUGUGAAAAAUCUGCUCUGUAAUGGAUUGCUUUUCAAUUUUUAUGAUUACAUUGAACUUUUUCUAUCUCAAAAUUGAUGUAAAUAUAUGGCUAUGGAAUUUAUGAUGUGGAUAUACAUACUUAAGCAGAAGACCAUAUUUUCUCAAUAAAUUAUGUAGUUUCUUGAGCAUAUAUAUAUGUGUGUGUGUCAUAUGAGUGCAGUGUGCUAAAGGGCCUUUUUCUUUUUUUCCCAUUUAUGAUUGUCAACGUCUUUCUGUUCAUUUGACUCAUUGUUUAUUGGGUUCUUCUUUUCAGAUGCAAACCAUGUGUUUGUGAAAAUGCCUCAAUGGACUACUGUUGUGAAAUCAGCUUGGGACUUUGUGUUAUUCUUCUAUAUGUUGCUAUGUACUACUGCUUGUUCUCUGAUAAUGAUGUUCUUUGUUCUUUGCUUCUUAAAAGGAAACAGGAGAGAGGGAAGGCAAGUUUUAUGUCAUUAAUGUUCCACUCUAGGAUGGAAUAGAUGACAUUAGCUUCACUCGUCUUUUCAAAACUGUAAGUUUGUUAGAAGCAUCUAAGUUGAAUAUUUUUGUUGAUUUUAAUUGUUGUAUGUGAUGUCAAGUCAACUAUAUGCCUAAUUGUUUACUUUUAUUUAUUUAUUUAUGUAUGUAUAUAUAUAUAUAUAUUGGAAAAUUCCAAUUUCGUAGAUUAUUUCCAAGGUUGUUGAAACGUAUCAACCAGGUGUCAUAGUUCUCCAGUGUGGAGCAGAUUCACUAGCUGGAGAUCGCUUAGGCUGCUUUCUCACCUUACACAUGCUAGAAAAGUUGGUGUUUUUUUUCUCCUGAUUCUGGGUGUUUGAUGUUGUGUUGUCCUGGUCUUGUUAUGCAACUAAUUUUUACCAGCCAAUGCAUGGGAGGAGGAAGACGAAGUUGUUCUGAUCACCUGUCGCCUUGACAAUAUAGAUAUGAAUAUGAUCAUUGGGGCAAUCAAAGAAAAGCUUGAACAUUUCAGAACUGAGUUGUAUGAGUUGAGAUUCAACUUGAAAACUGGUUUAGCCUCCCAGCGUAAGCUCUCAGCAUCAGCUGUAGAAUUUCCUAGGAUAAAUGAGAGCUACACUACCAGGUCUAGAUUUCUUUUUUCUCAUUUUGGAAAAAACUCGUCCAAGUUCACAACAUUUAUAAAAUUGUCUCUGUGUGAGUGAACUCAGGAAGCAUAGAUAUGUGUAUGGAACCAGACUGGACAGCAUUGCAAUUGGCUGCAGAGUUCUGAAAUGUUAAAACUUCAAAUCCUUAAUCUCAUAUUUUCAUUGAUAGAACGACACUCUCACAACUCAAAUAUGGUUAACAUAAUAAAGUAAAAGGUUAUCCUAGUCCAACUAAGCCUUGCUUAUGGGCUUUGCGAGAAUCCUGUCACCACACCACAGGUGGCCAUCCCCACCCCAGUGCUAUUCUCAAUCUCAGAUUGUCAAGUGCAAGUCAAGGGUGUCCAAGUUGGUUCCAUUGCACACUGGCAGGGUACUCACUUAUUCUACAGUCUUUUUCCCCAAGUGCUCAGAUCGUUUGAAUUCCUCAUAAUCGUAACAGAUCUGGACAUGUUCUUCCUGUGUGUGGAUUUAAAACCACCUCUUUUCUCCACAUGUUUUGUUGAAGGAGACAGGUUGUGGAAUUAUCAGACAAGAUGUUUAAUUUUCAGACAGAUGUCUUUAAAAAAUAUUGUAAUAUUAUGUGAUGGAAUGUGGAAAAAGAAUGAGGACUCGUGGAAAUGGAUUUCAAAUGGCUCACGAUCAAGAUCAAGUUUGAUGAUGACGAUGAUGACAACGAUGACGACAACGACAACGAAGAUGAUGAUGAUGAUGAUGAUGAUGAUGAGGGGUAAAGAAACAAUAUUAAUGAUGGUUUUGUUGAGUGAUCAUUGUAAUGAAAGAAGUCAUGUUAAUAGUACACCAAGCUCAAAUGCAACAAGUAUUGAUGAAGAUGUUUUUUGUGUUGGUCAAUAUUUUGUGGAUAAGAAAGAGUUGAAGAUGAAAGUACACAUGCUUGCUAUACGACGAAACUUUGAAUUCAAAGUGAAAAAAUCAAAUAAGAAAUUAGUGGUUUUGGUUUGUGUUGACCCCAAUUGUAAGUGGAGAAUUCGUGCGACAAAGACAUAUGCAACAAGUUUGUUUGUUAUUCGCAAGCAUUGUAAUGAACACACUUGUUCUUUAGAAAUGCGACAAAAUCAUCAUCGGCAAGAAACUUGUUCUAUUAUUGGAGAGCACUUGAAAGCGAGAUAUGAAGGUGUGAAAAAAGGUCCAAAUCCAGCACAAAUAGUUAAUGAGAUGAACAAGAAUCUUGGUGUAAAGUGUAGUUAUUGGAAGGCAUGGAAGGUAAGAAAGUGCGCACAUGAACUUAUAAGGGGUUCAGCGGCAAACAGUUAUCCAAAACUCCCCUCUUACUUGUACAUGGUCCAAAAGUCUAAUCCUGUUACGUACACUAGAUUAAUUGUUGAUGAAGAACAGAAAUUCAAAUAUUUAUUUUUGUCUUUGGGAGUAUCCAUUAGAGGUUUUCGUUACAUGAGAAAAGUUAUAUAUAUUGAUGGAACUCAUUUGAAAAACCAAUUUGGAGGAAAUUUACUCAUUGCAAUUGCACAAGAUGGAAAUUUUCAAAUUUAUCCUCUUGCUUUUGGUAUUGUUGAUUCUGAGAAUGAUGCAUCUUGGAAUUGAUUUUUGAUAUGCUUACGAGAUCAAGUGCCU